CUGACUUCUUUCGAAUAACGUUAAUCAAAAUGCAUAAUCGUCUUAUAAUAAUUUUAAUAUUUUAUUUGAAUGUUGCUACCACAAAAGCAGACGCGCCGGAAAUUUGCAUUGACUCAUUGGGAUGCAUUGAGGGCAUUUAUGAACCUGGAAACGAAGUUGAAAGAUAUGCAGCUUUCUAUGGCGUGCCAUUUGCUAAGCCGCCGAUUGGUGAAUUAAGAUUUAAAAAUCCCGUACCAGUUGAGCCAUGGAAUGGCAAACUUCUAGCAAAAGAGCCGCAUACAGAAUGUACACAAAGGAAUUACCUUUUAACUCCCCUUAAUACAACUGGCGAUGAAGACUGUCUUUAUUUGAAUGUGUAUCGACCUGCGGUGAGUAUUUUCACUUUUCAACGUUUUUCAUCGCACACCAAUCCAAUAUACAUGCAAAUUUAUGUGUCCGAUAUUUUGCUGAGCAAGUGGCAAGCCUACAACCCCUUGGAAAUUUGA